GCGCGCGCUUUAGGGCGGAAGCGAGAGUCCGCGGCUGCACGUGGGCUCUGGGGCGAUGGAGGGGGCGAUGCUGCCUGACGCCAAGAUCCGCACUGAGUCCGGAACAGAGUCCGGCCCACGGGGCCCGGGCUGCAGCCUCCGGCACUUUGCGUGUGAACAGAACCUGCUCUCCCGGCCUGACGGCUCUGCCUCUUUCCUGCAAGGGGAUACAUCGGUCCUGGCAGGCGUGUAUGGGCCAGCCGAGGUGAAGGUCAGCAAAGAGAUCUUCAACAAGGCCACCCUGGAGGUGAUCCUGCGGCCGAAGAUCGGGCUGCCUGGCGUUGCGGAGAAGAGCCGGGAGCGGCUGAUCAGGAACACGUGUGAAGCUGUGGUAUUGGGAACGCUGCACCCCCGCACCUCCAUCACUGUGGUGCUGCAGGUCGUCAGCGAUGCUGGCUCUCUCCUGGCCUGUUGCCUGAACGCCGCCUGCAUGGCGUUGGUGGAUGCAGGGGUGCCCAUGCGGGCCCUCUUCUGUGGGGUCACCUGUGCUCUGAACUCUGACGGCACCCUCGUGCUGGAUCCCACAGCCAAGCAAGAAAAGGAGGCCCGGGCCGUCCUGACCUUUGCGCUCGACAGCGUGGAAUGGAAGCUGCUGAUGUCCACCACCAAGGGGCUCUACUCCGAUGCUGAGCUCCAGCAGUGCCUGGCCGCGGCCCAGACUGCCUCACAACACGUCUUCCGCUUCUACCGGGAAUCGCUGCAGAGGCGUUACUCCAAGAGCUGAGACAAGCCGGGGCAGGGCGCCCCUCCCGCGACUGCCGCCGCCCCCCACUACCUCCGCGGAAGAUAAACCAGCAGCUGGCCUCGCCUCUCAGUCCCUGUGCACCCGGAUGCGCUUGUGGGCCUGGGGGCACGGACCCACCUUGCCCCCCCCGAAAGCCUUUCCGACUGGGAAACCCCCCUUCUCCACCCGCCAGUCUGACCGAUACCUGUGGGGCACCCGGGGUAAAGAAUGACCCCCCCCUCACCCCAGGUCCCAGGUUCAAGGAGCAGCAGGGUGAGGGGCAAAGAAAAUCAGCGUUUGUCAGGUGGUGGUAAAUGCUAUGAAGAAAGCGAAGA